GGGGGCGAGGCGUUGCCAUUCGAAUUUACCUCGCGGCUUGGAUGCGAUUGGCUGGUUCGCGGACGGCGGUGCGACGCCAUUGGCCAGUCGUCGUCAGGCCCCGUGCGCUGGUUGGCCUAAGACAGCGCGGAAGCGGGGAGUUAAAGAGUCUGCGGCUGUCGUGGGAGCUGGCCUGGCCCGGUCUUGGGAGCGUCCUGGAGUUGAUGUCGUGGAGGGAUUCCUAUUCCCACGCGCCGUUUUCGCUGCAGGCUAUGGGAGAAGUCAAAGAAUUAAAGAUGCAAAUAUCACCAGAAACUCCAGGGAGGAUCCCUGUUUUAAAUCCUUUUGAAAGUCCUAGUGAUUAUUCUAAUCUCCAUGAGCAAACUCUCGCCAGUCCUUCGGUUUUUAAAUCAGCAAAAUUACCUACUCCAGGGAAAUUUAGAUGGUCUAUUGAUCAACUCGCUGUUAUAAAUCCUGUAGAAAUAGACCCAGAAGAUAUUCAUCGUCAAGCGUCAUACUUAAGUCAUUCUCGAAUAGAUAAAGAUGUGGAAGACAAAAGACAAAAAGCCAUUGAAGAGUUUUUCACUAAAGAUGUCAUCGUACCCUCUCCGUGGACUGAUCAUGAAGGGAAACAGCUUUCAGAAUAUCAUGCCAAAAAAUGUAUUAACAUAAAUAAUGACUCUCCAGUUGGAAGAAAGCUGACCAUUCUUUCUGAAAAAACCAAUGCUGCUUGUCAGACAUUGCUGUCUCUUCCUGUGGAUUUUAAUUUAGAAAGUAUAUUAGGUGACUAUUUUAGAGCUGAUGAAUUUGCUGAUCAGUCUCCUGGGAACCUCAGUUCGUCAUCCCUCAGAAGAAAGCUGUUUCUAGAUGGGAAUGGAAGCAUCUCUGACUCCUUACCUCCAGGUUCUCCCAGUGGUUCACACAGUGGUGCUCAGACGUCACUGGAGGUUUUUUAUUCAAUAGAUUUAUCUCCUGUACGGUGUAGGAGCCCGGUGCAGACACCAGGUUCGGGCCAGUUUUCUUCUAGCCCUAUUCAGGGCAGUGCAAAGAAAUACAGUUUGGGAAGCGUAGCUAGUCCUUCCCCGAUUUCUUCACCCACUUUCUCUCCGAUUGAUUUGCCGAUAAGAAAGACGCCACUCUCGGAACAAAGGAAGUUUGCUUUUCAUUCUCCUGAUGCUUCAUCUUGUGCAAAUUCUCAUGGAAUUUCUAAUCCAUGUAUCCGAAGUCCUUACAUAGAAGGCUGCUCACCAAUUAAAAACUGGUCUCCCAUGAGACUCCAGAUGUGUCGAGGCGGUACCCAGUAUCGAAGCUCACUGAUUCGGAUGCCCCUUACUCUCGAGGCUCACAGUGAAGAUGAAGAAGAUAAAGAGAAUAUUCCUUCCACGGAUGUCUCAUCGCCAGCCCUGGGUGCUGCUGGAGUGCACCUGCGGCAGUUGAAUCCUGACACUUCUGCACAUGGCACACAUCUAGCGGUGACUGCCAUGUCCAUCACCCAGAACCAGUCCAGUGCUUCUGAGAAAGAGCUGGCACUGUUGCAGGAUGUUGAACCUGAGAAGGACAAUGACACUGUAGAUAUGGUGGAUCCUACAGAGACAGCAGAUGAGAACACCUGGAUUAAGGAGCCGGUUGAUAGUGAGAGUUUGCCCAUGGCUGAUUUUGUGAAUGGAAUUGCCUUCAGUAUUGAAAACUCUCAGAUGUGCAUGUCACCUCUCGCGGAAAGCAGUGUCAUUCCUUGUGAAAGCAGUAACAUUCAGAUGGAUAGUGGCUAUAAUACGCACACUUGUGGAAGCAAUCUCAUGGAUGCAGUGGGAGCAGAAAGUGAUGUGCAAUCUUUUGAAAUUGAAAACAAACCUCAAGUUUUUAAUACAAAGCAAGACCACACAACACAGAGGUGUUGGAUGAAAACAGCAAGUCCCUCUCCAUGCGGCAGCCCAUAGAAUACCUCUGUCAGAACCAAAGACUCACUGCGCAGCUCCUUCCAUAUUUCAUACACAAAAUCAAAAAUGUGAUGGUGCCUGGGAAGAAACUGCUUCAAGUAACAUGCUGAGAUUUUGCUGUCCCUCCUUAAUGUGAAAAAUGAAGGGCUUAAUCUGGCUAACAUUAGCAACUCCUGGAACCUUAAGUUGCUGAACUACAAGUAUAUUUUUUAUCAAUAAAUAUUUUUGUACUUACCUUGAGUGACAUGUUUAACGAUAGAAUACUGACAGAGCUGCUGACUAGCUCCUGUUCUACAAGAUCAGUACACUGCUUAUGAAGCCUCAGCAACAGCACUGGAUUUAGCAGUGGUUCUGGUAACAGGUAAAGAUGUGUUACAAAGGGGCACUGUGUGCUUUGUAAAUAUACCUCCAUCCCGUGAGUGGGGUAUCCUUUCUAGCCCAGACCCAGCUAGGCAGAGGAAAGAACAUGGGAGAACAAGAGAAAAACUGGCUACUGGGAGAGUGGAGUCCAGUAGGGCUCAGAUGUGUGAAGUCAGGCAGGUAUGUGAGUCACAUACCAAUAGUUUUGAAAAACUUAAAUCAGUGUUGGGAGCAGAUGGAUAUAAUGUUGGGAAGUAUCAUUGGAUAACAUACAUAUGUACUAAUCAUCUCCAAAAAAGGAAUGAUUUAUGUGUAGCCAGAGGAAAUAA